AUGCAAGAUGAUGUUCAAGCAUCGCCGUCUCAACUUCUGCCAAAUCAUCUUGAAACUAUUGUGAAUAACGAAUUGUCUGUAAAUGAUGUGUAUACAGAUGAUGAGGCCGAGAGCGGAGAGGAGGAAUAUGGACUUCAAAACAUGGAUGUUGAACCUGCACACAUGGAUGUUGGCGAGCCCCUGGUUAGAACUCCCGUACCUUGGUUCAGUCAGGUAAACGAGAACUAUGAAGUUAAUCAGUAUUGGGCCGAAUCGGGUAGCCAUACAUCGUUUGUUCCCGAGGGAGAAUUUGAGAAGGGGAUGUAUUUUGAAAGUAAGAAAAUGCUUCAAGAAAUGGUGAAGAUGUAUUCCAUACAGAGGAAUCAAUUCUACACCACAGUGACAUCGAAUGAGAGUGUCCUUCAUUUGCGGUGCAAGAAGAAAUGUGGUUGGAUGCUACUGGGUACCAAAUCAAGUGAGCACUCGCGUGACUUUACCCUAGUCACAUACAAAGGCCCGCACCGAGAGAACUGUGUCACUGAAGAACUCAUCUCCAAGCAAAUUCAUUUCGAUGUUCUGUAUCGAAGAGCAUGGUAUGCCAAGGAGAAAGCAAUAGCUAAAAUAUUUGUUGAUUGGGAGAGUUCUUACGACAGACUUCCGCACUUCAUGCAAGCACUCCAACAGUCAAACCUGGGAACGUGUGUCGUAUGGAAACACAAAGCUCUGGUGGACGGUGUAUACUACAGCAACAUGGAAGUGCUUGAACGAGUGUUUUGGGCCUUCGGUCCUUGUAUCGACGGUUUUAAACAUUGUAUGCCUGUUAUCUGUAUCAAUGGGACACACUUGUACGGGAAGUAUAAAGGAACACUGUUGGUUGCUACAAGUGUGGAUGCAAUCUUCCAAGUAUUUCCGCUAGCAUUUGCGAUGGUUGAAGGGGAAAACACUUCUAGCUGGUCUUGGUUCCUGGGCUGCAUUCGGGUUCAUGUCACGCAACGAGAUGGUCUCUGUGUUAUAUCUGAUCGACAUCCUGGGAUCAUUGCAGCAAUGAAUGAUCCUAACGUUGGAUUUACCGAGCUGCGAGCCUAUCAUAGGUUUUGUGUUCGCCACAUAGCUUCUAACUUGAAGACUCACGUGCGAAGCAACGACAUGAGAGAUAUGUUUAAGGCUGCGGCGUACCAAAGGCAGGAAAGAAAACUUCACGCUGAUCUGUGUUUCAUCGGUGAGGCAUAUACCAAGGCCAUGGAGUAUAUUGUUCAAGUCCCGUUCACUAUGUGGUCUCUCUUUCACGACGCUAGUCGCAGAAAUGGGAUAUGUACUACAAACUUCUCUGAAACAUUUAACAAUGUGUUGAAGGGAGCUCGGUUUCUACCGAUCAUGUCCCUUGUCGAGUUAAAUUUCCACAGAGUUAACAGGUAUUUCACUUUGAGAAGGGAGUCUUAUGAGGCUAGGUCUGAACAGGGACUUCCAUACCCCCCCAAGGUCCUUGCCAUUCUGGAGAAGAACACCGCAAAAGCCAGAUAUCAUAGAGUGGAUGCGUAUAACCGCCGAUUGCAUAUUUACCAAGUUACAACAGAAAGGGGAAAGCGACUUGGUAGUAAAGGAGGCCAUAAACAUACUGUUAACUUUCAGUUACAAACGUGUACAUGCAACAAACCAAAGAUAUUCCACCUCCCAUGUUCUCAUAUUCUAGCAGUCUGUACAACGUAUUCACUAUCAGAGCGGUCGUAG